UUCAUAUUCAGUGUCACCUCUAAGUUCAAAAUUUCUGCAGCUACAUAUCAUUAAAAAAGUGCCUGAGCAUACAGCUCUUGCUUUCGUUAGCGCUCUUCUGAACAACAAAACACAGAAUGAACUACCCCCAUUGCCCAAACCCCGUCUCGUCGGGAAUGCAGACGGAAGCGAACAAACCCGUAACCAGCGUACCAAUAACCGCUUUCUUAAUCCCAAACAUACCGAGCUGUCAGCCGGGCCAAAUAAUUUACCCUACCGUGCCCAUAUUUCAAUUCUCAGAAAUAUCCCAUGCAUACCGCGUGCCCAUAGUGGGACGUAUUGGCCAGAUGAUCCCAAUACCCCCGGAGUCACAAUUAUUCUCGACCAUUCCGAUGCCCCAAAGACCACAAACGUCCAAACCGUGCACAGAGCACUCCAGCACUUCUACGUUUGCGAGCGUAACAUCUCUCUCAUCAAAGACCACCACACCUCUGAUGACGCCUACGUCUUGUAGGACUCAGAUGACCCAGGUGUAUGGACGAGAGUACUUCAAUAAAUUACAAAACAAUAGUGUCCAGGUACCGGAAGUUAAUCAAUCCGGAGGUAUUAACUACAAUGCGCAAUUGACACUGUCGCAGGAGACGAUGUUACGCGAGCAACGAAUUCAGGAUCAUGUGAUUAACGCAUGUUUGAAUCAGGAGAGAGCAGUGCAGGAGCGCGCCUUCUAUGACAGGGUCUUCCGGGAGAACCUCGCAGCUCAAUUGCAGAAGCAGAAUGAGUCAUUCACAGAGCAAUCUAGCGGCGAGCAAUUCUUCUACAACUCAGGAGAUGAUCCCAAUGAUUACUAUAAUUUAUAUGAUCCCGAAACCGAGAAUUUUAUUAAAUUCCUAGAUGCCGGAUGUGAGAUUGCUGAGAAGGUUGCCAUCCGCCAUCAGCAUAGACCAUGUUUCAAGAAGAUCCACGACCUGUGCUUCCGUACCCGCGGCGAAAUCAAUCGCCCAUUUUUGACUGUAGCCAAUAUUCAUUCCCAGGGUGUACCAUGGGCUACCAAGGACUUUAUCUAUGCCUAUGUGCGUUUGAUCAACUGCUGGCACUUGAUGAAAGGGUACCUGCAGGUCAAAGACGGAUCCCUAGGGAACAUUAACCGGGAACUCACCUCGGACUUCCGUGCCUGUUACUCUGUUUGGGAGCAUGCAACCCGAGACCUUACCGAGCACAUGAUCCGUAUAUUCUCCAAUCUGGACAGUAAUGUUAGCAAUCCAGGGCCUUUACCACCCUUCCUCCAUCGCAGUCGCGCUCCAAAAAUGUCCUUUCUACCAGAAGGUUUCGACUCUAACCUGGGGACACAUCCCUUGGAUUUUGAUUUUGAUGCAUGUGUAGAUGAAGAAUCGCAGACUCCACCAACCCAUGACAGGAUUGAUAUGAUCAAUGAAACCAAGAAGAAAUUCUGUAACAGCAGAAAGUUGUACAGUGCGGAUAGAGCUUGCCCCACAGUGGAAUUCUUUCCCACCACCAAGAAUAUCGAACAACAUUACAAGAGACUCGAGGCUCAAAGGGCUUGCAGUAAUGAUAAUGAGUUUGAGCAUGCUAUAUCCGCAUGCAACAACAUCUCCCUAAAGAACGCGGCUGCUGAACAAGCACAAGCAAUUUGUGGUCUAGAUUGGCGUCAUUGGUUUGACCAGGAUAUCUUGAAUUCACCCCAGGAAUGCACCCCUGAAGCUAUCAAUGACAAGCUAGCGCAGCAGCAAGAGAAGCAAACUGCUCUAGCUCAACAACACGUUUAUCAACUCGUGUUGCAACAGCAAGUCCAUCAACAGAGAGCACAACGUCAAGCUAUGAUGCAUCCGCUGUUUACACCAUCACCAGGACAACAAAGACCCACGACCAAUUUCGAGAAUAAAUAUGACAAGAUUGCUUGUUCAGUGCCAAUGCGACGACCAAUGUUGAAAAAGAUCAAAACCUGCUCCAAGCAUGAGUUGGAGUGCAUGAAAGAACUACUCGCUGAAAUUGGGGAAACCGAAUAUUUCCAGUCCUUGACCGCGACACCAGUGGGUAAAUUCGACUGCCGGGCUGAUUGGUUCACCAUGGUGCGCAAAUCAAAGACAAAUCUUUACACAUGCUCUGCUACAGUUGGUAACGAUCUGGAGACAAUCACAAAAAACGUCCUUAAAUAUUUUAAAAACGACGUGGUGGUAACCCCUGAAAUUUCAGCGUUCCUGUCAAUAAUCGCCAAAUUCCGCCGAAGUCAUCAUUACGAUGCGUGUCUAGACGAUACUGGUGAAAUUCUUUGCGAUUCCGAGCCAGAAUAUUAAACAUUUUAUGUUGUUCGAAUAGUUCAAGAGUUAAACGACAAAAAAAGCCAAAAAUUCACGCCAAAAACUCAAAAAAAGAAGAAAAUUUAAAUCGAGAAGCAAAAACAGAUUAAAUCAACCGAUUUUAUAAAAAAUCGCUUUUUUAACGCUAUGAUACUUAUCCCUACAUGCACCAAUCCUUCACAAUCACACCAGGUACACUAGCAUUUUAUUUUUCCUUACAAUGUUAUAUUUUUUAUAUAUUAUGUGCAUUUACAAAUAUAUUAAAACAACUUUGUAGCA